GGAUGCUCGACGGAGUGCACAGAGGCGGCUCCGCACUCGACACCGACAGCCGCUCUCAUCGCGGCAAACCUCGUCGAGCCCCGUGGAGAGAGAUAGCGGCUGAGCUCCCCAUUCGUGCCAUCAUGAUCACCUUGUUGCCGACCGUGGGGUAUGGGCGGCUCUUACACGAUACCCGCGACAAGAGGAGGGCGGCUGUCGCGAGCACGCAUGGCAUAUAACCCAGGCAGGCGGGAAAGCCUGCUCACCCAACACCCACAUCACAAUGGUAGCCGUCAACAGCACAUACCGCCCGCGCGACCUCACGAUCAACGGCCAGCGGCUGAACGACACGCUGCACCAGACGUGCGAGUUUGGCGCCGCGCACCCCUGGGGCCCGAAGGCGACCGAGACGGGCAUGGCGCGGCUGGCGCUCACGGACAGCGACAAGGCCGUGCGCGACUGGUAUGUCGCCGAGAUGAAGUCGCUCGGGUGCGAGGUCAAGGUCGACACGAUGGGCAACAUCUGCGCCAUCCGCGCGGGCGAGAACGACGGCCCGCCCACCGCGAUGGGCAGCCACCUCGAUACCCAGCCCACGGGCGGGCGCUACGACGGUAUCCUGGGCGUCAUGGCCGCCGUGGAGGCCAUGCGCACCCUGCACGAGUCGGGCAGGAAGACAAAGUACCCCGUCGCUGCGAUCGACUGGACCAACGAGGAGGGCGCACGCUUCCCCAAGUCGAUGCAGGCUUCGAGCGUCUGGGCGGGCGACAUCACGCUCGAGGACGCGCACGCGCUCGCCGACGUGACUGACGACAAGGUGACUACGCUGUCCGAGCUCCAGAGGAUCGGAUACGCCGGAGACGUGCCGUGCUCGUGGGAGGCGAACCCGCUCGGCGCGCACUUCGAGAUCCACAUUGAACAGGGCCCGGUGCUCGAGAACGCAGGCCAGCGUGUCGGUAUCGUGCGCGGCGGGCAGGCGUACAAGUGGUUCGAGAUCACGAUCCGCGGGCGCGACUCGCACGCGGGCACGACGCCGAUGGACUGCCGCGCGGACCCGAUGCUGACCGCUGCGCACUUCAUCGUGACCGCGAGCAGCAUUGCGCGGGCGCACGGCGGGCUGUGCACGAACGGCAUCUUCACCGCCAAGCCGGGCUCGGUGAACACGAUCCCGAACGAGGUCCGCUUCUCCCUGGAUAUCCGGCACGUCGAGGACGCGCAGCUCGCCGCUAUCGAGGCUGAGAUCCGCGCGCAGACGGCACAGAUCACCAAGACGGGGUACAAGGUCGAGUGUGCCAUCGAGUGGAAGCCGCUCUACGCCAACCCCGCGAUCGUGUUCCACCCCGACUGUGUGGCCGCUGUGCGGGCCGCUGCGCUCGGCAACGUCGCCGAGAAGGACACGCGCGAGAUCAUCUCCGGCGCGGGGCACGACUCGUGCUGCACCUCCAAGCGUGUGCCGACCGGCAUGAUCUUCAUCCCGAGCAAGGACGGGCUCAGCCACAACCCCGAGGAGUACUCCACGCCCGAGGACUGUGCCCUCGGCGCGCAGGUGCUUCUCGAUGCCGUGCUGCUGUACGACUCGCAGCGUACGGCAUGAGCGGCGUAGUGAGGCGGUGAGGCAGUAGAGAGAAACGACACGACCCAGGCAUUCGAGGUGGCUAUUGUAGGUUAGAGGCGUUGGCAUAUGCGGCCGGUGUCGAGCAGC